CGUGACGGGUUUGUGGCCAGCUCGUCCCAUGAAGAAGGGGGAAAGGUGAGCCAACCCGAGCAGAUCCCAUCGUCCUUUCUCAGAUCGCGUCGACCCGCUGGAUCGCGCUAGUUACUCGGGUUACUCGCCGAAACUCCUAAAACAAAUCGUACCGGUCCCGAAACAAGAAUCAAGAGUCCCGAAGCGGGCCCUACCUUUUACCACCAGGUAUACGACCUCUCGAGGACUUCCAUUUGAAGGCCAAGGCAACCCCUGCGAGAGAACGUCGUCAUGUCUGGCGAGUCACGUGAAGCAGCUGACCAGAGUGGACCAGGUGACUUGAACACCGGGUCCAGGAGGCACUGGAUCUCCAUCCUCGUCGGGUUGAUCAGCACCCUUGGUCUCAUCUAUUUAUGGGAUACCGGAAUUCCCUUCUCGGCCGUUGCUCUCGUUGGAUUAUGUCUAAGUUUCCUGUUCACGUACCAAUUGAUGAAGGAACGAGAUCAAUUAACAUCUAAGCAGGCGGUUGUAAUAACUGGAUGCGAUUCUGGCUUAGGAUACAGCCUUGCUCUGUUCAUAAAAUCUCUCGGGGGCACGGUGAUUGCAAGUGUUCUUCAACAUGACGGACCAGGUGCAGAAGAACUGAGGAAAAAGGACAUCCAUGUUUUACCACUAGACAUUACUAACAAGGAGAGCGUUCAACGUUUCGGCGUGCAAGUCCGCGCUCUUAUCGAGCAGAACGAUUUAAGUUUAAGAGCGCUGGUUAAUAAUGCUGGAAUUAUGGUCUUUGGAGAGUUCGAGUGGCUGACGGAAGAGCAAAUCAGACACCAGGUGGAAGUGAAUUGUUUAGGCACCAUGAGAAUCACCAAAGAACUCAUUCCUCUGAUUAGAGCACAUAGUGGCAGACUUAUUAUCAUGGGCAGCCAUUGUAGCAGUCAACCCUUGCCUGGAGUCUCAAUCUAUGGAGCAACGAAAUCAGCCAUUGCCAGCUGGUUGAUUUCUCUCCGAGUAGAACUGAAGAAAUACGGGGUCGACACUGUUAACUUCGUUCCUGGCUCCUUUAUACAAGAGAGUAACAUUAUGGCCCAACAACCGAAGCACUUCGAUACCAUGAAGGCAGCAAUGACGAAGGAGGCCUGGUCCUUCUAUGGAAACUACUUCGAGAGGUACUCGCGAUAUCUGAUGUCCUUAUCACGAGAGGUGGGCCCACGAAAACUCGAGGAUGCCCACUUCUACAAGGUUUUCCAGGCAGCUCUUCUCGACAGAUACCCAUCGGCUACCUACGUAUGCGAACCCUGGACUUACACGAUCUACUACACUCUCUUCAAGAUCACACCGACACGAAUUCGGGAUCUCUUGGUAGAGCGGUUCGUUCAGCUCCCAAGUUGGUCCGAAAAGAAGUAAAACCAUCUCUUCGACUUUCUGCUCUUCGAAAUACGAAGAACUCAAGAUUCAGGGAUCGAAUUCGAUAUUGACCAAAGUUUGCGAUAUAUCACGUGCGUAUACGCAGGACUCGGUAAUGACACCGAAGAACCCAUCCGAUUCGGUCCUUCCUGAAACUUCGAGUCUCGCAGAAGUAUUUACGAAGAACGGUGUUACCAGAUAACAUUUUUUUUAAUUAUUUCCGAAAAUGGAAUUCCUUCCUCGAGAUCUCUCGCGGGAGACUUUGACGUGAUCAGACCUAUAUAUUAAUCCUUUUACCAUAGUAACCUUGAAAACGAAAUAAGCGUUUUAAAGUAGGGUAGGGCAUGACUUAAAUGGACGGAAUGAGUACAUUGAUUUUAGUACGAUUAAGAUGACAAUUUAAGAUCUGUUUUAAUGAGAGUCAAGGGAGAUAUUACGAAAUCGAAAUUAUAAAUGUACACUGACAUUUUCUAUUAUUACGCAGGAGUUGGAGAAUUUUUUUAGAUAAUAAGUUUUGAACUGAAUAAUAUUAAUAGGGCUCUUAAUGGUAAUGACAAUAAUAUUAAAUGACUUUAGGUUAAGAUUGCUUCGCUAAUGUAGGAACUUUAAGACUCGUCAUUCUUGAAACGUAUGCACCUACAUUGUGAGAAGGAAAUAAUUUUCCUCGUGUUUUCCACCAAGACCGGUAUAAUUUCGAAACUACCCUUCGAGCUACUGUUCGGAGAAACGGAAAAGAAACAUCCCUCCGGCUAUGGACCUCGUCGUUUGUUCCGUAGAUCGAAACUUUCUUCGAGAUCGUCAACAUGGGGUACGAGAUUGCCUCGUGCUGUACGGCUUCUAAGAGCGUGGAACUUAACUCUAAAGAUCAGAUACCGAACUAAACCGAUUAUCAGGAUCUCUUUUCAGGGAUCGUUGCACCUCGUUAACUCUUACAUAUCCGCGUUCACUUCCUUCUAUUAACUUAUCCUAUAUCCUCUAUAAUCUAAAUAGUUUAAGUGAUUUUAAUGGCAUUACAAUAUUACUCUUCAUUUAUGUCGCUUUCAUUUCACAUUGGUGCUACUGUAUCGCCGGUAUUGAAAAUAAUACCGAAUUAAUACAGGCGGUCUUGUCUUAAAAAAUACUAUGUGCAUUUAGUAACCGAAAAUAAAUGAUAAGUUGAUUCGU